UCGCCUUUGUUGGGUUUUCAAUCUAAUAUUUCAUUCAUUCCCUUUCUUCCUUAUUCUCCACUUUCUCCCUCUCCUCUCUUCUUCGAUCUCUUUCCCCUUUGUAAUCCAAAAUUAAUCUAAAAAAAAAAAAUUAUUAACAAAUUCACACACACACACUCACCAUCGCUUCUAUAUUUUCUAUACUACACACACUUAUAUUUUACGUGUUGCAGAUCGUAGAUCCGAUUCAAUUCUAUAUUUCUUCUUUUAUUUUUUGAUUCUUGCUGAAUUAGGCUAUUUGUGAAGCUGUUUGGAUGACCGUAAAUCAAUAUUUGGAUAAUGACUUCGAAUAUGUUGGCAGGGGAGAGAAGGUGGGUUUCUGCAAGAAGAGGUGGCAUGACUGUCCUUGGAAAAGUGGCUGUCCCAAAACCAUUGAACUUACCCAGUCAGCGGUUAGAGAAUCAUGGUUUGGACCCAAAUGUUGAAAUUGUUCCCAAGGGUACAUUGAGCUGGGGUAGCCGUCCAUCUUCCUCUACCUCAAAUCCAUGGGGUUCCUCAGCACACUCUCCAAAUGCUGACGGUGGAACGAGUUCACCAAGUCAUCUUAGGUCCCGCCCCUCAUCUGGUGGGAGUGGCAGACCUUCAACUGCUGGUAGUGAUAGAACACAAGAACCUACCACUAGUGCAUGGGGUACCAGUUCUAGGCCUUCGUCAGCUUCUGGGCCAUUAUCAUCAAACAAAGCACCAUCAACAUUGGCGCGUCCACGCAGUGCAGAGACAAGGCCUGGCAGCUCGCAACUUUCACGGUUUGCUGAUUCUGUUUCUGAACAUCCAGUAGCAUGGGGAGCAACAGCUACUGCAGAGCGUUUGGGAGUACUGUCAUCUAAGAAUGAAGGCUUUUCUUUGAGUUCUGGGGAUUUUCCAACUCUUGGUUCAGAUAAAGAUGCUUCUGGGAAGACUACCGAGUCACAAGAUCAUGGUUCUCGUAGCCGUCCUAGCUCAGCUUCUGGCAAAAUAGUACAGCCCCUAGAGAAGACAACUGCAUCUCACUCAGAUGUGAAGGGUGGGGCAUUUGAUGCAUGGAAAAGAGAUGGUCAAAGUGCUGAGGAUCCUCCUCAGCAUGGCAUGGAGAAAUGGCAAGGGGAUCCCCAUCAGUAUCACGGUCCUAAUGUUCCACCACAACAUUUUGAUGCAUGGCGUGGUCCUCCUAUGAAUACUCCAGCUGGUCUUUGGUACAGAGGACCACCUGGGGGGCCACCUUAUGGAGCUCCAGUUCCUCCCGGUGGUUUCCCGAUUGAACCAUUCCCCUACUUUCCACCCCAGAUGCCGCCUCCUGGUAUUGCAAAUUCACAGCCAGUUCCUCCUCCGGGGCCUGGAUCUAGAGGGCAUCACCCCCGAGGCGGAGAUAUAUAUAGACCUCAGAUGGCUGAUGCUUAUAUUCGUCCAAAUAUGCCAUUUAGACCUGGUUUUUACUCUGGUCCAGUGGCUUUUGAGGGCUAUUAUGGACCGCCAAUGGGUUAUUGUAAUUCCAAUGAACGGGAAAUUCCUCUUAUGGGCAUGCCUCCUGGUCCCCCAGUCUAUAAUAGAUACUCAGGCCCAAACACUGAUCCAAGCAAUACUCACGCCAGGAUCGGCGGCCAUGGUGCUAAUACCAAAGCAAUGCCAGAGGGACUGGAGUCUGCUCAUCCUGAUGAUGCUAAAGGACCAUAUAAAGUUAUUUUAAAACAUGAUGCAAGAGAGGAAGGAGAGACUCGGGAACAUUCUACGCCCACUAAUGGCCCAAAUCAUGAUAGACGCUUUCAGAGAUCAUUGCAGAAACAUGAGCGGGGAGGUGAGCACGACAGUGAGAAGGAAUUGUAUUCAAGGAGGACUACAGGGAGUGGGAACAGUUAUCCGCCCAGCUAUGAUGAUCGCGGAGGUGAUUCUUCAGAUACCACCAAGGCAAUCUCAUUUGAAGGUAUAAAUACUACAAAGGCAGCUGUUGACAGCUGGACAAAGAAAUCAGGGUUUGAAUCCUCUGGUGGAGUGCCUCCGUCUUCCUCAGCUCCUGAAAAGGGUUCAGCGCCUGCAGUGACUGCCAAAGAUUCAUCCUUGAUGAAGAAGAUUGAAGGUCUAAAUGCAAAGGUCCGAGCAUCUGAUGGGCGUUAUGAAGCGCCGUAUGUUUCGUCAGAAGAGGAUAUGAAUAAGUCAGAACUGAAUUCUAAGGUUACCAAUUCAAUAAAUGAAGCUAAAAGUGGUCCUAUGUCAUUGGAAAGAACUCAUACUUCUGGAACCACGGGGAACAAGGGAGGUCAUCCAAUAGCUGCCAUGUCAAGGAGGCCAUCUCAUGGUAUGCAAACCAGAAAUGAUCAUCUUGGUAAACCCAGAUUUAAUAGUCAAGAUGAUGGUAGGAGAAAAAGGCCCAUUACUGCUGAAUCAUCUGUAACAUGCUUAGAACCUGCUUCUAAUGUUCAUGUGUGUGAGUCAGGUCCUCAAGUUGAGGCUGUUGGACAAGCUCUAACAGAUACAAGCGUGAGUGGUGAAAAAGAAUCUUUGUCAGAUUUGCAUGAUUCAGCAGAUACCCAGGCUCAGCGCGCAAAGAUGAAAGAGUUAGCCAGGCAGCGUGCCUUACAGCUGCAGAAAGAAGAGGAAGAACGAAUCAAACAACAGAAAGCCAAAGCUCUUGCUAAAUUAGAGGAAUUGAAUCGCCGUAUGCAGUCAGGUGAUGCUCCGUUACAGAAGGCUGAAAAGGACUUGUCCCCUGAUGUUAUCAAGCAAGAUCAACAAGGCUCAUCACCCCCUGAAACAGUGGUGUCUACUGUCAAACCUCAAGCACACAAUGCAACUUUAGCAGCACACUGUGACGUCAUUGAUGCUAGUCAGUGCAUUCUUGACAAAGGCAGUGAGCAUAUUAAUCCACCUGUUAAGUUAGAAUUCGGCACUUCUAUUAUGGUCCAAUCAGAAAUAGCCAUCCCACAACCCCAGGCUUUUCAACCUAAGCAGGAUGUCAAUAGGGUUUCUGCAUCUCAUGGAAAAGAUACUAGUCAGUCAAGUGAUGGGGGUGUCAUCAAGCAUAAGCGUACUAGCUACAAGCAAAGGACAAAUAUGACACCGAAGAAUAUGAAUGAAAAAGCUGUCCCUGUUAGCAUUACUGAGGUAUCUAAGGGCCCUAAUGAUGUAAUUAUUAAUAAUGUCCCAUCAGCUGAGGCUCACGAGGUUGGCUUAAAUGCUGAAUCAAACAUGGUCAAUAAUGCCAAGGUCGCGGUUGAGUCAUCUUCGCAGCCGAGAAGGAAAGGUAAUAGGACCAACAAGAACAAGCAGAAACUUGAUACUGUGCUGCCUGGCCCUGCUUCUCCAUUACCAGUGCAAAAUGAUAAUAAUCCUGCUAAAGUUCGUGCACAACAGAAGUUGAAUUCUUCUCAGUUGGUUCUGGAUGUGAGCUCAGUUCAGGCAGCAAGUGGUGAUAAUGUUGUGCAACCUUCUGACCAGAGUUCUCCUGUGCAAAUUGGUGAAGGUCAUGGUCGAGUAAUUAACCACUGGAAACCUCAGCACCCUCGCAGGACGCAGAGAAAUCAGCACUCUAAUAUGCAUACUGAUAAGUUUCAGGGAGGUGACUCGGUUGUGUGGGCACCUGUGCGGUCUCAAAGCAAAACUGAAGAAGAUGGUGCUGAAGCAAGUCAGAAAACUGGAUCUGGUUCCAUUGGUCCUCUGAAGAGUGAUAAUGUGGUGCAGAGUAAUUCAAAAAGCAAGAGGGCUGAAAUGGAGAGAUAUGUUCCAAAACCGGUGGCCAAAGAGCUUGCCCAGCAUGGUAGUAGUCAGCAGCCGCUGUUGUUGUCAGGCCCUUCUCCUGGUCCAGAUGGGACAACUGGCAGGGCAGAAUCUAGGCCUGAAAACUCAGGAUGUUCCCCACCUACUGGAUCUACAACUGAGAGUUUUUCCAUAGAGUCUAGCGAUGGUGAUGGAAAGCACAAUAAUAAUAAGCAAGGCAAAGCACAUGGAGUGUGGAGGCAAAGGGGUUCAACAGAAUUGGCUUUAGACAAGAAUUUUAAGUCCUUGGAUCACACUCAAUCUUUGAAGCCUGAUGGAGAUUCUAUGAAAUAUGAAUCAACCGGUGAGUUCGAUGUAUCAGAUGGUUGGAACAUGCGAGGUGAUUUUGAAGGUCCACGUAUACAAGAUGAGGGAACGACAGGUAAAGGAAAACGCUAUCCUUCUAAGAGCCAUAGAAGCACAGGAAAUUCUGGAUAUGAAUACAAAAACAGCAGUGCGGGGACUCAGGAAAAUCACACUCUGUCAGGAGCUACUGAAAUAAACCAGAUGGACAGAAGAGUUGCAGCAAAGGAAAACCGUGGCAUGGGCAAUCGUACUCCACCACCCCAUUGGCAACCAAAGUCCCACAUGGUUGCAGUUAAUAAUCAACAGGCAGGUGUGUCUACUGGAGCCCAAAAUGUUACUAGGGAAGGCGAUCGGGGUAAUAAGAGGGACUAUCAUCACGAUAAAGUGAAUGUUCCCCUACACAGUGAGGAGGAGAGCUGUGAUAUAGGUGCAGGUAAAGCAGAUCAAUUAGCACCUGAAGAGAAAAUUGUUUCAGACGUGCCAAACGUUCGAAAUCUGGAUCCAAGAAGAGAGAGAAAGCCUGCUUCAUUAAGGGGGCGCCCCUACUCCCCCAAUCAAGGCCCUGUUGUCAAAGCUGGAUCAGCUCCUGCUGAAAAUGCUGAAGCUGUGCAAGAGAGGAGCAACUCAGGUUUGAGGAGGAAUGUAAACCAAAAUAAUCGACCUGCCCAGACCCAGGAAUGUAGUGGAGAUUUGUCCUCAGGGAAAGAUACUCGGCAGCACAACACCUCAAGUGGGCGAGAAAGGCGGAGGAACAACAUGCAUUAUGAGUACCAGCCAGUUGGGCAAUACAAUAAUAGCAAAUCAAGUAAUUUUGAAGUGCUAGCUGAUGGUUCUCACAAUGUUGAUCAAAAUAGAUACAGAGAGAGGGGUCAGGUUCAGUCAAAGCGCGGAGGUGGGAAUUUCCAUGGUAGGCAAGGUGGACCUGCACGAGUAAAUGCCAAUUAUGAUUGAUGGGGAGGCUAAAAUGUGGUUUUAGGUCUUUUAGCUUGUGAUGGGCAGCAUCCUCAGCAGAUAGUCUUCUUCUUAGUUUGGCGAGAUAUCUGGUGGUGCAGUUUAGGUGAUAACUUUUGUCGUGGUAGAAGAGAGAACUUGUUGGCCAAUGUCACACGGUGAGCUGGACUACGGCUGGGUGUGGGGACAUGGUAUUGGGAAAAAGUAAUGUGUUUGGUGCAACUGUAAGUGCGACGUUGUGAGAGAUGUAAUUAAUUUGAAGACCAUUAAAAUUGUUGCCCAUUUUCUCCACAGAGGAAUGUCUAUGCAUAUGUUUAUGGAGCUUUUUCUCUUGUAAGUUGCUAUUACUAUAUUUGUAUUAUCAGAAUUUAGAGGUGUAGCUUUUUCUCUUGGUCGAAAAGAAAGAAUGAUUUUGCCUCC